AUGACAAGCUACAAGCUCCCUGCAGACAGGCCCAUCCUGACCGUCUCAAGAGAUGCUCAAAAUUCAUGCAUAUGGAUCAUUGAAAUGCACAAUGGAGAGGAUAAUCGUCUCACGCAUGACCUGAUUAAUGGAGCUCUGAAGCCUGCUCUUGACAUGGUCGAGCGCGAGUGGCGGGAUGUGUGGCGUGCUGCCCAAGCCACCAACAAGCCGGGUUCGACUGGAUCUGCUACGCAAGGCUCCGCUGACGGUAGAGGUGCACUUAUAAUAAUCGGGAAACGGGAUCAAAACAAAUUUUUCAGUAAUGGACUUGACUUUGCGAAUGCUACCAAGGAUCCCAAUUUCUUUCCAGAUACUUACAAUACCCUAGUGUCUCGACUUCUUGCUUUCCCUAUCCCGAUUAUUGCGGCUAUCAACGGGCAUUGUUUCGCUGCGGGACUUGUCCUUGCGCUUGCAUGUGAUUAUAGGGUCAUGACAGAUGGAAAAGAGAGGCGUGCAUGGUGUUGCAUGAACGAAGUACAUUUUGGAGCCCCAUGGCCUCUCUCUCUGGCAACAGUUGCCCGUGCGAAAGUGUCUAAUGCUCGCACUCUUCGCAAGUUAGCCCUCGAAGGACAUCGUUUUACUCCUCAAGAAGCCCUUAAGGAGGGCAUAAUUGACGUUGUGGCGGACGGUAGCUCAACAGAAGCUGUUCUCGCUGCUGCCAAGGCUCUUGCUCUGGAAAGGGCUGAGAAUGCGAAGACAGGAGUGUGGGGUCUAAUAAAGAAGGAAAUCUAUAGGCAAACACUUAAGGAAGUCUCAAAAGACUACAGACAGAUUCAAGCCGUCCAUGCAGACUUGGCUGCCCGAGCACGACUCUGACUGAUUUCCCGACAUUGUUCCGUUUUAUAAUCAAAGCCUGUUUUCUUGGAUAGUGUUUCUACGUGUUCAUGUUUUCAGAAUGAAUAAUUCCGACAUCCGUAAGAGG